UAAAAUUAUUGUUGUGGUAACACUGCAGAGUAUUGCUGCUGUAGUGAUAGUAUUCCGACAGUGAUAUGGACUUUUGGGAUGACGUGUCAUUUUUUUCCAGACCUUAAAGCCGGACUUCAACGUCGUUCAACCAACUUGCAAUAUAUUAUAUUAUAACUAUCGUGUUAUAAUUGGAAUACAAUUUUUGUCAUGGCGCACAAUGGCAAUUAUAAUGGCCCAAAGCAUUCCAGACCAGACGACGACAGUGACGGCAUUUCUCUAUUGUCUGGUGAUGUCAAUUCAGUUAAUAAAAAUGAUGAUGGCUCAAAUACAGAUUGUGGUAAGAGUAAAAUCGAAGACAGCGAUGUACCAACAACCAUUACUGACACAGAUGAAAACGAAAACGCUAAGAAAUUAGCAGCGUUUGACAAGAAAGUAUUGCGUACUGAAGUAGUCGAUGAGAAGAUGGGUUGGCCACCAUGUUUAUUGAUUGAAUACAAUCGGUCGGUCAAAAUGUCUCCACGAGAGCUUAAAAACUUGAUCUUAAAUAAAUCUGCUGAAUUCAUGGCCACGCAUGGCAAAUCACAUAUUUCUUCGAAACCCUCAGCCCAAUCCAAGACACCACCAAAAAAAUGAUUACAUUUCUAAAACUUAUCGAUAUGUACAACUUAAUUUAAGAAAACUAUUGUGUUAUUUAUAUGUAACUUUUUUUUAUAUAAGCUAGAAGGUAGUUGAUGCUGUAUCACGAAUAAAAAAAAAAUACAUAAAUUGAUCAAUUAUACAUGUGAGUACUUUACGUUCCAACCCUGAUCUUAAAGGGACCGAAGCAACAUUAUAAUUUUAUAUUAAAUUUAAAUAAAUAUCAUGAAGUAUUUCUCCUCCUACGAUAUUUAUAAUCAAUCAUUUCCCUCAACUUAAU